AUCUAGAACUGAAUCGUUAAGCUGCUACAACGAACAUGUUUUUCAUAGUCGCCUUCGCUUUGCUCUGCUUAAAAACUUCUUGUCAGGAGACGCGCAGAUUCCGGAGUGAUGUCAAUAACCUGGCGAUCAGUGCCAAGGAGAUCUUUGUGGCUACAGAUAACUUUCUUUACAAGCUGAAUCACAGUCUGAAUGUGGAGGUGGAAGAGGCGCUCGUCCUCGACAAGUCGCAGUUUAAUCGGGUUAAGAUCCUGCUGGUGUGGGAAGACAACGGCACUCUCGUGCUGUGUGGUACGGGCGAUGGAGGAGCCUGUGAAGUGAGAGAUUUGCACAACGUUUCACACAUCACGGGGAAGAAAAAAUCCGUUGUCCUCACGCAGCUCAAUGGAUCAGUAGUGGGCUUCAUUUAUGACAGUAAUGGUAAAAAAUAUCUGGCACUGGGGGCAUUUGCUACAUCUAUGCAGACUUCGGAUGAAAUGAUCACAUUAAGAAACUUAGAACACACAGUCGAUUUGUUUACGGCGCAAGAAAAAGACGGUGGGUUAACACCGUCAAUUAAACGUGAGGAUAUACCAGGAGUCGGCCUACUGGAGUUUGUUGAUGGCUUUCAAAUAAAAAAUAUAAGUUAUUUUGUAAGCAAUAUGCAAGUUAACUCAAGUUAUUCAAACGUGACUAUAUUCAGGAUGAACACUAGUUUGGAAUACAAGAAUCAAAUUUUGAAGCCCUUAAAUUACACGGCAGUCUUGUGCUGUGCCGACAAGCCGUGUACGAAGCUGCUCGCCUCCACGCUGCUCCUGCGCUCCGGAGACUCCGCUCUCUGGGUCGGGGUGUUCAGUGCGGGGCGCACCGGAGAUUCCGACAACACGGUGCUGGGGCUCUUCGACCUGGAGAACAUGAAGUUCUCGGAACCUUCAAAGGACUGUUCUAUCCUGAAGCCCAUCAAGGAGCUCCUUGUCCAUGUGAACCUGACUGCUGUUUUGGCCAUUGAAGUGAAUCAGAGGAUUGUGCUUUUCUUUGGGACUGGAGAUGGAAUGGUGCUAAAGUUUGUAAUGGACCAAAAGCUACAUUUUAUGUGGAAAACUGUUCUGCAUGAAUUUACUGAAGAAAAAGCAGUGUUUAGAAAAAUGGUUUUGGGGCCAUCCAGUGAGAAGUAUAUAUAUGCUGCUGCAGCAAAUCAGAUUACUAAAAUUAAAGUAGCAAAUUGUGGAGGUGGAACGUUGAAAGAAUGCUGGGAGCAACAAGAUCCCUUCUGUGGAUGGUGCACACCUAAGAAUAGCUGCUCGUUUAAAAGUGAAUGCCAGAAUUUCAACUGGGUACCCAUGGUUGAAGGACCUAUGCAAGACACAAGACAACUAAUAUCCUUUAAGAUGCUACGAACUGACACGGGUGUUGUUGCUAAAAUAACCAUGCAUGUGAACAGAAAUUUAACCAAAAACUAUUACUGUCAGUUAAGUGGAAAAGAUAACUCACUUUGUGAAAGCUCAUUUCCUCAGUGCACCUGUAAGAUUGAGAACGACACAUUUCUCAGUCAAGGUCUUCAGGUCACUGUGAACAUUAAUCAGUCCUUAAAUUUUUCUGAGAUUUUGAGCUUGCAUGAUUGCCGUAAUGUAGUUAAAGAGACAAGCAAAACACCUUGUUUAGACUGCAUUAAAGCAGGCUGCUCCUGGUCAGGAUAUGAUUGUUCAUUUGCUACUUCUGAGACGAAAGUAGAAAAGUGUCCUGCAUUAUUGGAACUGAACAUGACAAGACCUAAUGAAAUUGCUAUUCGAUUAGACCAUCCUGAUGAAUUAAAGAGUAAGAACUUGAUGUGUGUAUUUAAUGGAAAACAAACGAAGGCUGGUGUACUGAAUAAUGGCAUAUUGAUGUGUGAAUUAGUCAAUAAUAAUAAUAUAUCCACAUCUGGGGCACUUACUUCAGUCAAUGUUCUUAUUGGAAACAGUCUGAUUGAUAACCCCCAAAGCCUUUCAGUUCCAAGCUGUUACUUUACUGGACAGUGCAAGGAGUCUGGAUUGAAUGCAAAUAUAACAGAUUUGAUUCCAAAUGAAGUCUCUAUUGCCGGGAAAAGACAAGUCAUUAUCAAAGGAAAGAACUUUUGGGGAGGCAAUGCAACAAAAGUCCAGUUUACUCAGUUUUUGAGUGUCACAGAGCUCCAGGUUGAAUCCUCAACAGAGACUGAAAUAAAAUUUGCCUUGCCAAAGGCAAGCAAGGGAAAUGCAGAAGUGUGUGUGAAGUUGCCUGAUGGUAGAUGUCAUGGAUCUGCUAGGGUGACCUAUCGUCACAAACCAUCUUGUGGGAGUAUCUUUCCAAGUACCAUGUGGGACAGUGGAGGAAGAUAUCUGAAUAUUAAUGGGACAUCAAUGAAUUUAGUGGAAGAAGUAAUAUUUGAGAAUUAUACCAUUACUUUGGAACUUUUGGGGAGAAAUGUUCGUUUUAAAACACCCAAACUUACCAGUCAGCCCUCCAGAUUGCAUUCUGUUAAACUGGUUGUAGUAGGAGAGGAGCUUAUAUGUGAAACGAACAUUAGGUCAUAUCCAGAUGCAGAAUUCCAGGGCUUCACAACAACUGCUGUUGGGAAUCAAUGGCAGAUAACAAUUAAGAAAAAGAGUGAUCAGCUGGGCAUUACAAAAGAUGAUGUAAUUGUUGAUGCCAUUGUCAAUAAUAAGAUAUAUCCAUGUCCUGUUGUGGAGGAUAUAGUUAAUGAUACAAUUAUCUGCAAAACGGAUGCUUCAAUUGGCCUGUCUGGUCUUAAAGUGCAGAUCAGGCUUGGAAAUUUUUCUACUGUUCUUGAACAGCCUUUUAAUUGGUUGUGGCUUUUACUUAUAAUCCCUUUCAUCUUCAUAUUUUUGAUUAUAGGUGCCUGCUGCAUUACCCGCCGAAAAGAAAAGGAACUUUCAAGAAAAUUAAGUCAACAGCUGGAACUUUUAGAAAAUGACAUUCGAAAUGAAAUAAGAGAAGGUUUUGCUGAACUACAGACAGAAAAAUCUGAUUUAAUUGAAGGUUCUGUAGUCCUUCCCUUCUUGGACUAUAAGCAUUUUGCCAACAGAAUAUUUUUCCCUGAGGCUGGGUCUAAUUCAAGAUGUUUUGUUAAUGAUAUAUGCGCACCUUUUCAGGAUACUCAAGAACUCAAUACAGAUGAAUUCUCCAAGGCAUUAUUUGACCUUCUGAGUAACAAGUUGUUUCUUAUCAGCCUUGUGCACACAUUAGAAGCACAAAAGACAUUUACCAUCAAAGAUCGAUGCAACUUUGCCUCCUGCUUGACCAUUGCUCUUCAUAGUAACCUUGACUAUCUCACAGAUGUUAUGAAAGAUUUGUUGCGGGACCUCAUGGAUCAAUCCACUAAUACACAGCCAAAGUUGAUGCUGAGACGUACCGAGUCUGUUGUUGAAAAACUGCUAACCAACUGGAUGUCAAUUUGCUUGUAUGGAUUCCUUCGUGAAUCAGUCGGAGAACCAUUGUUUUUACUGGUUUCAGCUUUAAGUCAAAGGAUAAGUAAGGGUCCUGUUGAUGCGAUUACUGAAAAAGCACUUUAUACUUUGAACGAAGACUGGCUGCUAUGGCAGGCUCAAGACUUCAUUAACCUUAAGUUAAAUGUGACUUUCCCAGCAAGUCCAGGAACUGAAGAUAUCACACUAGAUGUCAAUGUUCUUGACUGUGACACUAUUGAACAGGGAAAAGAGAAAAUUUUGCAGAUUUUUAAGAUGAAAUUCGGUUAUUUUCAGCAAUUUCAGGCAAAGCACAUUGAUAUUGAAUAUGAUAAUAAUGGAAUAUAUCUGAGACUCCAAGAAAUUGACCAAAGUUCCAAGGCCUUGGACAAUGGGACAACAGUGCUGAACACUUUCAUACAUUAUAAGAUUCCAGAUGGGGCAAAAAUCCGGGUGACCCGCAGAACUAACCAACCCAAGAUUUCUACUCAAGAAAGCAUAAAAGAUGAUAGCAACUAUGACAAAAAGUACUGUCAUUUGAUAAAAGCUGACUUAGAAGAAUUGGAAGAUCAAGUCAACAGUGCACAAAAGAGGAAAAAAGUGAAGCUGAAAGAAGUGUAUCUCACUAAGCUGUUGUCUACAAAGGUUGCAGUCCACAGUUUUGUUGAAAACCUUUUUAGAACCAUUUGGGGCACACCCAACAGCAAGGUUCCUAUUGCCAUCAAGUACUUUUUUGAUUUUUUGGAUCGUCAAGGUGAAAACAAAAAAAUCACAGACCCUGAUGUCUUACAUAUCUGGAAAACUAACAGCUUACCUCUGCGAUUUUGGGUCAAUAUCCUGAAGAAUCCCCAGUUUGUGUUUGACAUGGAAAAGUCCGCCCACUUGGACGGGUGUCUGUCGGUUAUUGCUCAGGCCUUCAUGGACUGUUUUUCUCUAACGGACCAGCAGCUUGGUAAGCAUGCACCCACCAACAAACUGCUGUAUGCCAAAGACAUCCCACAGUUCAAGGAAGAGGUGAAGGCAUACUAUAAGCAGAUUAGAGAGUCACCUCCGCUUUCUGAUGAAGACAUCAAGAAUUUUUUAAUGGAGGAGUCAAAGAAACAUGAGAAUGAAUUUAAUGUACCGGCUGCUCUGGGAGAAAUUUACAAGUAUAUUUCAACUCAUUUUACUGAGCUUCUGGCAAGUAUGGAAGAAGAGGAAGCGCUGCAGAAUAUAAAAGGACAACUGCUUCAUGUCAGAGAUUUGUUUGAAGAAAGGAAGAUGAUCAGAUGGCAAUAACUGCGUAUUCAUAGAAAGAGUAAGCCAGAGAGUAUUGUUUGACAGCGUGAUGCUCUUAGAAGUAAAGCUGUGCUUCACUGUGUUGCUCCACCAUUCGAAAAAACGUCACAUGGUGAAUUACACAGUUAUGGGGCAAGUAUGACAUGAUUUAGUUGACAUGUUCAGCAGGGGUAGUGAAACCCCACCAUCCAGCAUGCACUUGUUACAACUGAACAAAUGAGGACUCGAGUCAACUUUGCAAGGAUGUGGUCUCUGAGAAUGGCAUCUUAGAAACCCGACCUUUACCUGUGAAUGGUGAGAGAAGGAAGGGGGAGGCUUACACUUGGAUUUAUUUAUUGGUUUUUCUCGUUUUCCUUUUUAAAACUCAUCUCUAAAAGCUCCAGUGUUUCAUGAAUGCAUUAAAAGUGCUUCCUAAUCUUUUCUAACACAAGGUAUUUCAAGUGGGAAAUAUUAGAAAACAAAUGAAGCUUAGUUAGUGUGUCUUGGAAAUAAAAGCAUUAUAAAAGACAUUAUAAUCAUAUUAUACACAAAUUAAAAUAAUAAUUGUGGAAAUGGGACAGCACAAAAUAAAUUCAUAUAUAUUAUGCAGAAUAAUACAAACCACCCUGCUUAUGGAAGGCCAGAACUCCUGUCAAGAACUGCCGAGACAUCUCUGACCGUGUGUGGUAUCUAAACAUAGUUGUGCAGGAUUACAGGGUUAGCAACCUUCCUCCUUAAGCUCAUGUGCUUUCUGAGAGUGUGUUUCUGUUUAUUUAUUUUGUAAGGAGCUCAACUCCUAAAGAAGCGUAACUUAACAUAGGAUAUUAAUUUAAAACACUUGGCAACUGAACUCAUACUGUCUUGCAGCUUAAAACUUUAUACAUUUUUUUUAAGCAGGUACUAGGGCACUUGUUUAAAAUGUAUAAUUUACAUGUAAUAAAUUCCAGUAUAAUCUAAUAAAAAAAAUUAUUACAGUUCUUAUCAGGAGAAAGGCAAUGAAUGAUUAAGCUAACCUAUGGAUUUCAAUAAGUGGUUCAGACUUUUUAGGAUUCAGGAAAUUAAAAAGUGUACACUCAAACAGGAAACCUCACCUUGUAUAAAAACAAAAAUCAUUUGCACCAAACUUUUCUCUGGGAUGUUAUCUGCAGUAAUAAAAAAAAAAACAAACAAACACAGGAAACAAGUAUAAAAUUUUAAACUUUUUUUUUUUUUUUGAAUGAGUAUUUAGAUUGUGAAGAUGAAACCUCACAGACAAUGUAGUGCUCAGUAAAUGAUAUUUUAAAUGAGAUGUAACAAGUAUUGGUCAGUUUUCUGAAAUGGUUUGUGCAGUGCACAGUCACGGGGAGCCGGAGCUUACACCAGUAGCACCAACCAAGGCCGGCCAGCAGUGCGCUGUGUGGCAGAACGGCAACACCACUCAGCCUCCCAGGAUGUCUUCAGAGUAAGACAGCAAACAUUUGACAGUCAACACAUUUACUAAACCUGCAUUUAGGGAGCGUGUUGAGAUGGCAGUCCAUUACAUUAAAUAUGCUAUUACUAUUGUCAACUUCUAUUUCAUAUGAAGUAUUUAAAAACUGGAAUAUAUAUAUAACACUGUACAUUAUUUUAAAUUGACAAUCUGCAGUAAUGUAAAACCUUUAUUUAAAAUGCAAGUCAAUGGAAAAACUGAGCAAGCCCCGUCUGCGUAAGGCAACUGCCUCACAGUAAUUGCACCACAGCGCCAUCUUCAUGCAGUUUGCAAUUUUCACCAAAUGUUACCUUUUGUUUUGUUUAUUUUGUUCCUGGGGAAUUCACUUUCUUUUCAUGAUUCAAAAGAGAAUUUCAAGGUUUAUUAAAAAGGACUGGCACUGGACUGUAGCAUGACCCCUCACGCUAUAUCAAACAUAGUAAGUUUAGAAAAUGUUACGUUUUGUACAAAAGGUAUCAAAAAAAUUUUUAAACCAGCAACUCAUUAUGUAUAACACUAUGUAAUAAUUUCCAAGAGUGUUUUUUGUCUUUUUCUAACCUGCAUUUUCUUGACAUCUUGUCCAAACUAAAUAAAAUGUUCACACACAAGUUGUUUCAAUUGUAUUUUUUUUACGCUGUAUGUGAUAAUGAACAUAACAGAACUGGCCAUUUUGUGCAACAUAACCCAUCAGGUCCAAUUCCUAACUGCUGACCACCAUUGUCUCUAUCACUGUUCCCUCACAGUAAAACAUUCUAUCUUCAGAGACCGAGACUUCAUAUCCCUUUCCUUUUUUUCUAAUAUUGUCUUAAAGCAUAAUUUUCCCAGAGUGUGCUUAUAACUAAUGUGUUUUGGCUUUAUGGACUUCAACAUUUAUUGCAUUUGUUUUAUGCUUGAAUUUUAUUUUGAUUGCUCCCUUAUCCUUAGGCUGGUUAGUUUGAGAAAACAUUCAUUGACACAGAGUUCUGAAAAAACACCAUGCAUCAUUAAAACACGUCAUGUCACAUUGCAGUUUGAAAGACAGUAAAAGGUAAAUUCCAUUUAUCUUCAGGCCUCUUUGUGAUCUAUCAUUUGUUCAGACUGUUCUAUUACACCCACCCCCAGCAUGAUCUUCAUAAAACAACACCCUGUAAAUCUCAAUUUACGUAAACUGAAACAAUUCACCUCUGCUUUCCUCACACCACAGUUUUGGAACUGAAAAGAGGACACUUGACGAGAGGAAGGAGCAUCUUCAAUUCAAAAAGUCAGCUUCAUGAGAAUUGUGUUUCCCGUUUAUUCUUCCAGAACAUUUCAGCCAAAAAUGUAUGGGUUUUGCAUGUUGUGAGCAAACAGCUGGAUAAUGGAUGUGGAUUACGCAACACACGGUUUUCUUUGUUCUCCAUGUAAACACAAGAUUAAAAAUCUCUCCAGUCAUCGCAACAAAA